AUCACUCUAAGUCUCCAACCCAUCAAAAACUCUACUUGAAAAAAGAAAAGGGAAAAGCACUUCCCAAACAAGCAGAAGCAAAAAUGGCGAUGGCGGCAUCGAAGGGAGAGCUAGUUUACAAAAUCUACAGAGCAUUAACCUACGGUCUAUCACCGUUGCUGCACCUUCACUUACAAUGGCGGAAGCUCCGUGGGCUGGAGCACCCCCUCAGGUGGCGCGAACGCUUGGGCCUGCCUUCCCUCCCACGCCCCUCCGGCCCACUCCUCUGGUUCCACGCUGUCUCUUUAGGAGAAGGAAUGGCCGCGAUUCCCGUCAUCAAAUAUUGCAGUCAACGGAGGCCAGAUGUCAACAUUCUGAUGACAACGACGACGUUUUCUGCUUUUGAAGUACUGAAAAAUAGGCUUCCAGCUAAUGUUAUAUAUCAGUUUGCUCCACUUGAUACUCCUGCUGCCAUGAAUGCUUUCCUUGGGUAUUGGAAGCCAAACGGGAUUGUAUUAAUGGAGAGUGAAUUAUGGCCGAACCUUAUAAUGGGUGCUUCGAAACUUGGAAUUGGUUUGGCAUUAUUAAAUGCUCGGUUGUCCGCAAAAUCCUUUAGAAAUUGGUCGAGACCAGUGCUUUUUCCUCUGAUAUCGCUUUUGUUGUCAAAAUUUUCCUUGAUUGCCCCGUUGAGCUCUGUCCAGGCAAUUCAUUUUCAGCUACUGCGGGCCCCACCUUUUAGCAUACAUUUUUCUGGUGAUCUAAAAUAUGCGGUGAAUGAACAUGAACUUCUAGUGAAAGAUGUCAGACAUAUAGAAGAUAUGCAAAAACAGCUUUCUCAAAAACGGGUUUGGAUGGCUGCUUCAAUUCACCAUGGUGAAGAAGAAAUAAUGUUAGGAGUCCACAACAUUCUCAUGCAAACUCACCCUGACAUUGUCACCAUUAUUGUGCCUCGACAUCCACAACUUGGACAAGAGAUUGCUGAAGAAAUGCAAAAAGGAGGGCAAAAUGUAGCUUUGAGGUCUCAACAUGAAAAAUUUAUUCCAGGAACAAGCAUAUAUGUGGUGGAUACACUUGGUGAAUUAAGGCAGUUGUAUCAGUUGACCCCAAUAGCUGUAAUUGGAGGUUCUUUCCUCCCUGGUUUAGCUGGCCAUAACAUAUCAGAAGCAGCUGCAGCUGGCUGUGCUGUUUUGACUGGUCAUCAUGUUGGGCAUUUCUCACAUAUGGUGAGAGAAAUGCAGCAGUUAAAUCCUUUGUCAGUAAUGCAGGUAUCAGGGAAGUUAGAGCUUGAAAAGGCUCUAAGAGAGCUCUUUGAUGAUGGAAAGAUUCUAGAAUCACGACAGAAGGCUGCAAAUGAAGCUUACCAUGCUUUAUCAAGUAGUGUUGUUGCCAAUGCUUGGAAUCUACUAAAUUUCCAUUUCUUGAGGCAGGAUUUCAUUUAGAAAAUAAAUCAAGACUGGCACACAACAAAUAUAAAUAUGACAGUGAAGCAUUCACCUGCUUUAGCAACAGAGCACAUCAAGGCAUGUAGUCCCAUUUUGUGAGUCCUAUACUACCAUUUGCUUUCUCACAUGGUAUAUUGAAUCUGGAAAUCAACUUUUUAUCCCAGAAAACAUCGAAAAUAAUUGCUUCCAGUGCAGAGUUUGUGUUGAAUUGAGCCUAAAUACCUCUAAGAUAUAAAGACUUUUAUGCUUGGUUCUUUAUAUUAAUUUUAUAUAUGGUAUUCUCUCAUUGUGUAUCAUUGAGGGGUUUUUUUUCUGUCUUUUUCAUUUUUGGAAAAAAAAUUCUUCAUGCAUAACUAUAUUAAAUCCAAACCUGUAGAGGCAGUUUUUCUUUUCUUUGCUGUUUCUUCUUUCUAUGUUAUCCUUUUGCUGCUUUGUGCAACUCUCUGUGCGUGCUUAUGCUUCAGGGUUGUUCCCAACGUUUAUAUGAAUAAAAUGUAUAUGCAUAAAGUUGGAAUAGCAAAUACUUGUUUUGUCAUAAACAGCUCAAUAGCCAAUAUUUUAUACAUUCUUCAUUAAGAAUAUAACUCUAUGUGCAUCAUUAAUUUAACAGCAAGAAAUGAUGAUAACAUUUGGAGAGAUUUGGCAACUGCCUUAAUUGUUGCACCCAAUCUUUGCUGCUGUUUCUUUCGUUCUAGCUCAUCUUUGUUACAUGGAACCAUGAAGAAGUGCACUCGUGUGCUCCAUGAGCUUAUACUGAGGUCUAUGUU